CCACAGGCUAUUAUAGGAGGGUAGAAGAUAAGAUGGGCCGUACAUAAAACCCACCCCAGCAUCACACCUCGGCUGGGAGUCCACGUACCAUCACUCAGACAUGGCAAGUAAAAAGGCCUCCAAUAAGAGACAGAGGGGAGGACAGAAGUCCUGCUCCAAUGUCUUCUCCAUGUUUGAGCAGUCCCAGAUACAGGAGUUCAAGGAGGCUUUUGGUUGCAUUGACCAAGACAGAGAUGGUGUUAUAAAAAAACAGGACCUGAGGGAGACCUAUGGACAGCUGGGGAAGGUUAAUGUCAAAGAUGAGGAGCUGGACGAGAUGUUGAACGAGGGAAAGGGUCCCAUCAACUUCACUGUGUUCCUGACUCUUUUUGGGGAAAAACUCAAUGGUACUGAUCCUGAAGACACCAUACUUGCUGCCUUCAAACUUUUUGACCCCAAUGGGACGGGCUUUGUGAAUAAGGAUGAAUUUAGACGAUUACUGAUGAACCAGGCUGAUAAAUUCACAGCAGAGGAGGUGGAUCAGGCCUUUGCGCUCGCUCCCAUCGACCCAACUGGCAACAUCGACUACAAGUCACUCUGCUACACCAUCACGCACGGAGAUGAGAAAGAAGAAUCCUAAUAAGGACUGUAGUCAGGUCAUACAGGUUAUCUUGACGUGCAGAUGAUGUUUUUAUACUGGCAGGUUGUAAUUAAAAAUGAACAAUGAUUGACUGAAUAAUAUUGGAAUAUCAGAUUCAUUCACAUCAGCUGUUCAACUGCUAUAAUACUGCAGUUCUGUAUUAGAAACUGGACUUUUUUUGUUUUGUUGAUGAGAAUAAAGUGUUCCUCAAAA